AUGCUUCCUAUCCCUACUUUGACCAGGGUCGCCAGCAGGAGCUUGAAAGUGGCCCAUGCCCACAGACUCUUUACCAGUAUGUCUCCAUUGAGAGCAGGCGCCAAUGAAGAACCAGUUAAGCCAUUUACAAACGCCUUGGGCAAGCCAGCGCAGCGAGUCAGUCUGGACGGUAAUGUGUUUGGCAAAACCACAUUCACAGAGUCCAUGGACGAGGUGGACAUGACAUGGGGCAGAGAUGAUGACCCUACCAAGGUUGAGAAGCAAAACACGAAAAUCAGACACUUUACCAUCAACUUUGGACCCCAGCAUCCAGCUGCUCACGGUGUGUUGAGAUUGAUUUUGGAAUUGCACGGUGAAGAGAUUGUCAGAGCCGACCCACACGUUGGUUUGCUUCACAGAGGUACCGAGAAGUUGAUAGAGUCCAAGACAUACAUGCAAGCAUUGCCAUACUUUGACCGUUUGGACUAUGUGUCGAUGAUGACCAACGAGUUGGUUUUCGCCUUGGCCGUGGAGAAGUUGUUGAACGUCGAAGUGCCUUUGAGAGGUAAGUACGUGCGUACCUUGUUCGGCGAGAUCACCAGAGUGUUGAACCACUGUAUGUCUGUCUUGUCGCAUAUUAUGGAUGUCGGUGGUUUGACUCCUUUCUUGUGGGGUUUCGAAGAGAGAGAGAAGUUGAUGGAGUUCUACGAGAGAGUUUCCGGUGCUAGAUUGCACGCUGCUUACGUUAGACCCGGUGGUGUUGCCCAGGACUUGCCUUCUGGUUUGUUGGACGAUAUCUACAUGUGGGCCACCCAGUUUGGUGACAGAAUCGAUGAAGUCGAAGAAUUGGUUACCGAUAACCGUAUUUGGCACGCCAGAACCAAAGACGUUGGUAUUGUCACUGCUGAAGAUGCUUUGAACUACUCCAUGUCUGGUCCUAUGCUUAGAGGUUCCGGUGUUCCAUUUGAUGUCAGAAAGUCCCAGCCUUACGAUGCCUAUGACUUGGUUGACUUUGACGUGCCAGUCGGUAUGAACGGUGACUGUUUCGACCGUUACUUGAUCAGAAUGGCCGAGUUCAGACAGAGUUUGAGAAUUAUUGAGCAGUGUUGUAACGAUAUGCCUGAGGGCCCAGUGAAGGUCGAAGACUACAAGAUCUCCCCACCUCCAAGAGACUUGAUGAAGGAAGAUAUGGAGGCCUUGAUUCACCACUUCUUGUUGUUCACCAAGGGUUACUCCGUCCCAGCUGGUGAGACUUACACUGCCAUCGAGGCUCCAAAGGGUGAGAUGGGUGUCUACGUUGUGUCUGACGGUUCUGAGAGACCAUACAGAUGUAAGAUCAGAGCACCUGGUUUCGCUCACUUGGGAGCCUUUGACCACGUCUCCAGAGGCAAUUUGUUGGCUGACGCAGUUGCUAUUAUUGGUACCAUGGAUUUGGUGUUCGGUGAGGUUGACCGUUAA